GCGUCUUUGGGAUCUCAGCCAACAACAAAUUAAGAGAAAGAGUGAUCGGGAAACAAUCAUCGGCGAUGGGUUGGCUUACCAGUUUCAUAGUAGCGGUGGCGUUCUUAGCCGUCGGAGUUAUAUUCUCGCCGGAGACAUUCGGAUCGCUGUCAAAUGGAGAGAAUUCGGCGAAGCUUUCGAUCUUCCUGAAGCUAUCUCAUCUGCUCAGUUUCGCUACAGCUUGGGGAGCUGCUCUCUGGGCUACCUUCAUCGGUGGAAUCAUCAUGUUCAAGAAUUUGCCGAGGCAUCAGUUCGGUAAUCUCCAGAGCAAGAUGUUUCCAGCUUACUUCACUUUGGUUGGUUCUUGCUGCGCAAUUUCACUGUCUUCUUUUGGCUAUUUGCAUCCAUGGAAGUCAUCUUCUACAGUCGAGAAGUAUCAGCUAGGGUUCCUCCUUUCCGCUUUUGCUUUCAAUCUCACCAAUUUGUUUGUCUUCACUCCCAUGACCAUCAAUAUGAUGAAGCAAAGGCACAAAGUAGAGAGAGAAAACAACAUCGGAGAUGAAGUUGGUUGGUCCAAGAACAGGGAAAAGGCAAAGACUAUCCCAAAGCUAGCUGCCAUGAACAAGAAGUUUGGAAUGAUUCACGGGUUAUCAUCACUUGCUAACAUCUUCUCCUUUGGAAGCCUUGCUAUGCAUUCAUGGUAUCUAGCUGGGAAGUUGAAUCUCUAGUUUCCUCAUACCCAUCUUGUUACAAAGGUCUGAGCUUUUAUGCCCCCUAAUAAAAUCUCUUGCCUUUCUUCACCAAAAUCACCUUUGUAAUAUUAUAUGUCAGUUGGACAAGGCUCCAAACAUAUUUCUGUGAAAUCCUGAAAAUAAUUUAUGUGUGUUCCUUUGCU